GUGGGCGCCUCGUUGGGGGUGCCUGCGGAGAAGGAAGGCUGGAGGGGCCCCCCCAAAUCCCCUCAGGUAGAAGUCCCAAACGUGCCUAAGGGGCCUGGUUUCUCAUUGUUAUUAUAUUAAAUUAUAUUAUGUUAUAAUAAUAAUGUUGUUAUUAUAUUAUAUAUAUUAUAUAAUUAUAUCAUAUUAUAUAUAAUAUUUUUAUAACCUUAUAAUUAAGGUUUCUCAUUAUUAUUAUUAAUAAUGAUAAUCCUCAUUAUUAGCAUUCUCCUUAUUCUCCUCCUCCUCGCAGCGUUUCCCUGAGCGCUGCUUCCAAGCUCCCUCAGGAGCAGCCCAGGUAGACUGCCUCUGGCCCAGGAGGCUCUGCCAGAGCAGAAGAGGCGCCUGGGAGGCCAGGGGAGCCCCACGAGGUGGGCUUCUGACCCCCCAGGUGUCUUUUGGGGUGCAGGGGCCAAAGUCCUGCUUUCUGCCUCCGCCCCUCCAGCCUUUGGACCGCCUCGCCCUGCCAGCGCGCAGGCAAGUUGGGGGCAAAGUCCUGCUGGGCGGAUGGCACUCCUGUGGGUGCUGUGGGGUGCCCUGCUGGGCUGGGGUGAGCCAGGGGGACAAAGGGAGACGGGGGCUGCAAAUCCCGUCCCUCUCUCUCUCUUCUCUCUUCUCUCUCUCAGUUCCCAAAGUCCUUGGAAUUAUAGCUCUGAGCAGCGGGUUGGACUAGAUGACCCUUGAGGCCCUUCCAUCUCUCCCAUUCUAGGAUGUUCCCUGUCUCCCUCACUCUUCCUCUCCUUUUAAUGGCGCUUUCUACCUUUCCCCCACCCCCAGCUGGGCCUCCAUUUCCUAGCUGGGGCGCCUAUGGGAACUCAAGUGCCAGCGCCUGCAACUUCGCCUGCGACCGCUGGGAUUGCUCUGACGAGAGCCAUUGCAGUAAGUUUUGACGUUGCCAAAGGAAUCGGGGAGACGUGUCUCGAUUCCCCUCGUAGAGAGUGAUUUAACCCAUCUUGACAUCCCUCAAAGCACCCUGGGAACUGUAGUUUCCUAUGGAAGGAGACUAUUCUGCACAGCCUUUCCAAGGAAACUGGGAGUUAUAGCUCUGAGAGGGUCUCCUUGGGAAACUGAACAAGCUACAGUUCCCACAAUGUCCCCCAAAGCACCCUGGAAACGAUUGCUUGCUCUGGGCAUUGAGGGCUGCGAUUCUCUUGUCAGAACUACAGUUCCCAAGCCCAUUUCUCUUCCUAGGGAACUCUGGGAACUGUAGCUCAUGGGGGGAACAGGGGUCUCCUAAAGGCACUUGGUGCCUGGAAUGCUGGGAACUGUAGCUUGCUCAGGGCGCCUGAUUCCUUCUCCUUCCAGGCUACCGGAAUGGGUUGGCACCGCCGGGCGCCGCCUUGGCCUGUGACUUUGAAGGCCCCACCUGCGGCUGGGAGGACGUCAGCACGUAGAGUACCGGUGGUGCCCAGGGUGGGGCGGAAGCUGGGUGCGCAGCGCAGACCCCCCCCCCUUCAACCACACGCUGGGCACCGACCAGGAUAAAUGUGCUUCAUUUGAAGGGAGGGGAAGCAUUGCUCAGCGGUUAGAGCACCCCUUUGAACUGGCGCCCCCCCGACCUCCCCUCAGGCUGGUACAUGAGCACCUCAGAGCAGCGAGCCAAGCUGCCUGCCGCCCCCACCCGACUCCACUCCCCAACCCUGAGCGACGCGGCCUCAACCUGUGAGCUCCGCGCCUGGUACAGCAUGGCUGAGACAGGUAAGCUUGGGGCGCUGGCGGUCAGAAAUCGAACAGGUGCAGAGCCACCUACUCGGCCUUUUCCCCAGUGUGGUGGAGGAAAUGCCACCUGGCACGGUUCUCAUAAUUCCAUAUCAAUAUCACAUAAUACGUUUCUAAACUGCAGGACGUAUCGUAUCAUAUAAUCAUUAUUUAUUGAUUUCCAGACUACUAA